AUGGGUAUUGCGUCCUAUGCAUUCAAAGAUCCUGUUUAUAGACUCGUAAUAUCUUCAUCUGGAAUUGGUAUUAGUCUUUUAACAUGGUUUGCUACAUGGUUUGGAAAUCGUUCAAAAAGUAUUCAAUUGGAGUAUGAUAUCUCU